AUGGGCAUCGACGGCCUCUUGCGGCAGCUCCACGACGUUGUGGACACGACGCAUCUGCAGGAGUUCGCCGGCCAGACGCUGGUCGUUGACGCACUCUCCUGGCUGCACAAGGCCUGCUAUGGCUGCGCGUUUGAGCUCUCGACUGGCAAAGAGACGGAUGCGUAUGUGCAGUAUAUGCUGCGGAAGGUGCACAUGAUGCGGAGCUACGGCGUGGCCAAGAUCGUUCUCGUGUUCGAUGGCCAGCGGCUGCCGCUAAAGUCCUUGACACAUGAGAAGAGGCGGAGGUACAAGGAAGAGACCCGCCGACGAGCUCUGGAGGCCAUGGCUGGCUCGAAGCAACUGCAAGGAACGGAUCGUUCAGACGGAGUCAACAAGGCUUAUCAGCUCUUCCAGAGGUCGGUCUCCAUCACCCCGCAAAUCAUUUCCACUGUGAUGAAGGCGCUGCGAGUAGCCAGAAUCCCGUUCGUUGUGGCACCGUUUGAAGCCGAUGCACAGAUGGUGUGGCUUUGCAAGGAGGGAUUGGCAGCAGGAAUUGUAACGGAGGACUCGGAUGUGGUAGUGUACUGCCUCACUGCCAACGUCUCGUGCCCUGUUCUUGUCAAACUAGACGACAACGGUGCAGCUCAGGCCGUGUCGCGCUCCAUUUUGCACAAAAACUCGGCAAAGGCUGCUUCAAACGCCUUGCUGAGAAAAAUUCAUUUCUUCACAUCAGGAGUCAAAGAAGCCACCCGCAUGUUUGUCCAAGUGUGCGUUCUAGCUGGCUGUGACUUUAUCGACUCUCUUCCAAACGUCGGAUUUGCCACUGCAGUCAAGCACAUCUUCAAUUUUCGUGGUGCACCCGCUCACUUGCGUGUCCAGCGAUUGGUCAGCAAGCUAUCAAGCUCAGGCACCAAGAUCCCCGCUGACUUUAUGCAGGAGUUCGUCAGGGCAGAGGCCAUUUUCUUCCACCACAUCGUCUUCAAUCCCAAGAAACGCAACUGUGAGCUCCUCGUCCAUGAGAAACACAUCAACUGCUUUCCUGAUGUUUUGCAGCGCGCGAAAGGGUCGCUUGGUAUCACGUCAUUCGACGAAGCGGAGUCAAUGUCAAGCUCUCAGCAGGUGGAUCUACAUGCACUAGCCACCGCAACGAACAGCUUCCUCGGAGAAGUCCAGUCGCGUGAGAUCGUCGAGCAAAUUUACAAGGGCGAACUGUGUGCGCGAACGCUCCGCUGUCUUUCCGAUAGCCCCACCAGUUCACAGAAGCACAAGAGUGCUGCGAUAUCUCAGUUUGAGAACUCAGUCAGCGUGCGUCGCGAACCACUUGGCCAGCCGACACGAAAGGAGGUCAAACGGUUAUCAUCCGCUGCAACAGCACAACAGAUGGAAGACAGGAAGCGCUCGCAAGCGAACGAACGUGCUGCAUCACUUCAAGGUAUAUUGGACGUCUACAAAACAACGGAUGCAUCAGCAACAUCAGUAACAAAUGAAGCAGUGACUUCGACAACACCAACACGAUCGCUGAGCACGGUGCGCUUUGGCGAUGGCAAGACCAGUUCCAAUGCUGGUUCAUCCGUUUCAGCAAGCAUGCUGUCAGCAGCGGUGUCGGGGGUCAAGUCGUCCAAGGUGACUGCGAUAUCGAUGAAGGAUCUGGUCGCGAAGCACGCUCAGUCUGUUCAAGCAGCAAAGUCUCCUGGUGCCCACCAAGCACCUGCGGAAGUCGUGCUGCGAAGCAGGUCUGAAUCUAGAAAGAGGCCACGGCCAGCAGCAGAGUCUGUCGCUAGAGUUGAGAUCGGUCGAGCACUCGUUCGCGAGUCGGUCUCGAGCAGCGGCAAAAAGACGCUGUUUGACUUCUUCCAGCAACAAACCUGA